AAAGGCUGGGAACCUGGAACACAAUGUAUGGCUAAGGGUGACCACAAAUCCACAAAGGAAGAUGAGCUAUCAUUUCACAAGGGAGAUAUCCUGACAAUUAUUAAGGCUGUCAACAACAAAGGUUGGUAUAGAGCAAAAAAUAAUAAGACAGAAGAGGAAGGUCUGAUAUCCAGAAAUUACCUACGUGAGCGUGAGGCCAUUCGAGUUGAUCCUAACCUCAGUCUGAUGCCAUGGUUCCACGGGAAGAUCAGUGGAGAAGAUGCAGUGAGGGUGCUCCAGCCCAAUGAAGAUGGUCUGUUCCUGGUACGAGAAUCCAUUCGACAUCCUGGUGACUAUGUGCUGUGUGUCAGCUCAAAAGAGGAAGUCAGUCACUAUCGUGUCAUUUACAAAGACAACAAACUAACGAUCGAUGAAGAAAACUAUUUUUUCAACCUUAUUGAACUUAUUGAG